GCAUAGUAAAUGACCUCGCAACUCACUUUGAAGAGUCCACAGACGGUCCGGACAUGAUGGUGUUCCGGCGCAGGAUGUGGUGGGCGGUCGAAGUUGCUGCAGCUGAUGAAGUUCAUGCGCUCGCCAACGAAGACGCCCUUCCCGUUCCUCCUACCACCACCAACGACAAUGCUACUGCAGUAUUCACCUCCUCAGCUUAUACCCGGAAUGCAAUCCGGAAGCUAUGCCUAUUCUUGGCUGUGUCUUCUGGUCGCACUUGGCGGAGCUCACAACGGGAAACGGCCGAGGUGGGCAAGCUAGUGCCUCCGUGCACUUGCCGUGCACCACCUCCGCUUUCACUUGGACCACGAUGUCUUUCACGCUGCUCACCCUGCCGCAGGUCGCUCUCCGGACAUCCUCAACGUCACAGUCCGGCCAACUCGCCGUAGAGUGUCUCUCCAAUAGCGAUGGCCCAGACACCAGACUAGCUCUCGUGUUCCACCUCGGAUCGCAUUCUCUCAGGCUCGGUCCUGGAACCCCUGUGAAACUCUUCAUCGCUCAUAACGGGCAGCGGACAUAUGCCUUUGAUCCAGGGAACGCAGUGCAGAGCGGUCAGGAGAAAGGCGACUCGACGGUUCACCUUGUCAUCCCGCCACCUACAGAAGACGCCCCGCACCUUGCGCACGACAUAGAGGCCUUGGACCAUCUCCUCAUGCAGUAUACAGACCUGUCCUGGGCUCAUGAGUCCUCAACACUUGCCCCACCGUCUCUCCCUGCGCGCCCUCGCACUCCCUCUGCUCAACCGGCGCACCAUGAGCACCAGUCGAAUGUCAAGGAUAAUGUGGAACAUGCGAAGCCAGUUGCAGACCCCGACCUCCGUGGCCGCCUGGUGCUUAUGGACGAGUCCAAUGGAGACAUCGUUGGCGAGUUCCCAAAUCAGCUGGACAUCCGCGAAGACUCGACUGUGCCGAACAACGCAGCGGCGUCGGACCCUGUCGUGCUCGAGAUGCAGCCAGCUAUGUACGAUGCAUGCACAGGCGCGGGGCCGGUCGGUGCUAUUAGUGACGACCUCCUCGAAGCGCGAGAGGUCAUUGCAAGCGCGGUUCCGCCUGAGGAGCAGGACUGGCUCAUGAAAGGUGCUACACUGAUCAGCCAAGCAAUCUCUGGUUCUACGUCACUGCUGGUCACGGGCAUAACAUCCGCCUCAAGUUUCUACAUCGCGCACUCAAAGCCGGGAUCCCCGAAGAUUCCUCCAGGCGACGCAUCUCCGAACCCAGGGCUGACGCCGUCCGCUUCGUCAAAUGCGUUAGCCAAGGCGCAUGCGUUCAGCGGUUCAGCUCGUGCGGUGACACAGCGCACGUCUGACAUGAUUGGGGACAUGAUCACUCGCGCGAUGGGCGGGAAAAGCAAGAGCACAUCACCGACCCCGUCAAACAGCGCACCUGCAAGCGCGAGCAGCACCCCGCCGUAUGCUUCGCCCGAACUUCAGGGGCCACCCCCGCCAUAUGCAGUGUACACGCCUAAGCGCAGGCUACAGGUUACGCGCGGGCAGUCUGAGAAGACCGUUUCCGAAAGCGAGGAGGCCGAAGAGGUCGAGCCUGAGACAUCGAAGGGUCCGCCCGGCAUCAAGGACAAGCUUUUUAUGUCAGCGAACCUGAUCAUCACGACAGUGGACGACUCGGCGCGGCGGGUGUUUGAGGUCGGCACAGACAGUCUUGGCGCUGUUGUGGGACACAAGUAUGGUCCGGAAGCACAGCGGUCGACACACCUCGCCUCACACACAGCACGCAACAUCGUACUCGUGUAUGUUGACAUGCGUGGUUUCGCAAGGCGGGCGCUGUUGAAGAGGGCCGGUAAGGAAUUUGUUAAGGCUCGGGUCGGUGGAAAUAAGAAUCCGCCGGCUGUAGCUGAUACUGUUACGCAAGCAUGAAUCCUUUGAGGUACGCCUAUUGUUUGCAUGAGUAUACUCUUAACACCUGGAUAGUGACGUUAGAAGUGUAGGAAUGUUGUUAAUCGGGUUGCUCUGGACCAUAUUGGGCUACUCUUUCGUGGGCAAUAUAGUUCAAAGGUCGUGGACUUCGUUGCAUCAAUGUCACUUCUUGAUAACAGGGAGUGGAAUAUGUCCUGCCAUUGCUUUUGAUUGGCCGAUGCUUACAUUGCCUGCCGCUGCGAUCUUCCUCAGUUACCCACGGCGAAGACGGCGAAGACAUUCUUACGAACUGUAUUCAAUACCACUAUGGCGGCCAACCGCAUGGAGAUAACGUGUGUACGGCCAUCUGAGCGAUCUGAUA